CUCGUUAAAAUGGUGGGAGACUACAGAGGAUUCCCUCGCUCUGUUCCGAGCCGUUACACUAACAUGCUUGUUGCUGACGCUGAGCCUUUCUAAAAGUUAACAGCUGGUUACGUAACGCCCGGCACUAGAGCUAGGAUCUCCACUCGGUCCCGUCCGCGCUCCGCUCCGCGUCGUGUUGUUCACUCUUGGCUUUGUUAUUACCAGUCCAAAGUCCAACAGACAGACAGCUCACACACAACAGGACAAGGAGACCGACCACUCCGUUGCACCAACUUUUAUUCCCCCCCUACAAACUUUACGCCAAACCAGCGAUCACAAUGGGGAAAGGCUGCAUGAAGGCAAUCAAGUACUUCCUGUUCCUCUUCAAUGUCCUCUUCUUCCUGUUUGGCGCCCUCAUCAUGGGGUUCGGACUGUGGGUCCUUCUGGACAAUGAGAGCUUCAUGGUCAUCCUGCAAGAGUCCUCCACAGCGCUGAAGAUAGCUUCCUACAUCCUGAUAGGUGUCGGUGGUCUCUCCAUGUUGAUGGGCUUCCUGGGUUGCCUGGGGGCGAUCUACGAGAUCCGCUGUCUGCUGGGCCUGUACUUCACCUGCCUGCUGCUGAUUCUGAUUGGUCAGGUGGCAGCCGGUGUACUCAUCUACUUCCAGAAGGACCUGGUGAGUGAUGUCACUUCCUGUUUACACCUGUUGUUGGUCGAGUUCAGGAAAGAGAAAUGUCAGAAAAGUAUGUCAUUUUGUAAUUUAGCAGACACACUUAUCCACUGUGACUUACAGGAGCAAUUAGGGUUAAGUGCCUUGCUCAAGGGCACAUCGACAGAUUUUUUUAACUAGUCAGCUCGGAGAUUCGAACCAGCAAUAUUUUGGUUACUGGCCCAAAGCUCUGAACUGCCGCUGCUCUGAACCACUAGACUA